AUGAAACUCUAUGCUUUGCGGGCCACCCAUGAAAUUCUGGUUCACCCAGUUUCCAACUUUUCCAUAAACGGUACAGAGUAUGGGCUUCCGUAUCCGUCUCUUUAUGGAAAACUAAAGUAUCUCAAGCUAGAUAGCUCUGAUUUGUCGCCAGGUGAUCUCACAAAAAUUAUGCGUAAUAGGUCGAUCUUGAUUUUGAAGGCGCAAGAAAUAUUUACUAGUAAGCCUCAUUGGGAUGUUUUUUCCGCAAUGAUCAAGAGCCCUAAACAUACCCUUCUUUUGGUUGUACCAAAGAAUAAGGACGUUUUACAAGGACCAAAAAAGUGUGAUGAUGCUCAUGCAACUACGUUUGCACAAGCCGAACUACCUAAAUGUGAGGACUCUAAAGUUUAUCAAGAAAGUUUGAUAAAGCUAGAGGAACUUUUCAAAGUUGCAAAGUGUCCUAUUGGGAUUAUACAAGAUGGAGAUGAAAUAGAAGAAGUUUGCAAGCUCGCUAGCGCCAAUGGAGGACUCCUGAGUGAUGAAAUACGGCUUAUUACUAGGCAAUUUGAGCCAAGUUCCGUCUCCAAAUUUUCUAGCUUCAACCUCUUUGGAUCUCUCAAAAAUCAAACCCUUGAUGACUCUGCACCUACACUCCUCAUAACUGCUCCCCUCGAUACUUUUAACUUUGUCCAAACAAUAUCUUCCACAGCGGGAUAUAAUACACCUCUUGUUGCGCUCUUGGAGCUUGUGAAGAUCUUUGGGCAAGGGCUACCGAUCAAGGGGCCACUUCCAUGGAAGGUUAAAUUUUUACUCACAACGGGAACUGUUGUAGAUUUUUAUGGUCUAAAAUACUUUCUUAAAAAGGAAAAGGUAGAUUUUGCAAUUGCUCUUGAUGAUCUUUCUGGGGACUCCCUCUACGUACAUGGUGGUUUUGUUGACGAUAAGACUCAAGGAUUUGUAAAGGCUCUAAAGAGUGUCCUUGGGGCGGAAUUUAAAGAACGAGAUUCGUCCGGUACAGAGUUUUACUUUGCACACGAUGUAUUCACCAAACAUAAGAUUCCUGCAGUUACAAUUACUUCCGUGGAAAGGGGAGUUUUAUUGCCCCUUCGUUUAUCAUCAUUUCAUUUUAGAUUUAACCCCAAUGUUCUUUCCGAUAAAAUCUCAAAAAUCGCAGAAUCGCUUGUUAAAUUUUUCAAUGGAAAGUCCAAAAAAGUUGAUGUAAAACCAGAAAGUCUACUCUCCUGGGAUACACUUUUAUCUGAACCUAGAAACACAUUUGAAGCUGACAUUUCUGGGCUCAAGAGUGUUGCUCUUGUUGUUGAACAUUUGGAGGAAUAUUUAAAUCUUGAAAAGGAAACCUUCAAGACAUCCGUUUCAACGAGUGUCAUCAAAUCUCCCUCCGUCAACAAGGCCACAGUGUACGCUUCAAAGCACGCUAUUUUUGACAUUUUUAUCGCUACCGCUGUUUUUUCAUAUAUAUUUUUGGUUUGGAGCGUCGUCAGGACGCCAAAAAAUGCAAUUAAAGAAAUUGGAGGAAUACUCUCUGUAUUUGUAAAUCCCAAGAGUCACAAGGAAUGA